AUGGGAAUCAUUCUUUUUGCUAUUUCAUAUUACUUCUCUGCUUUUGUUUUAGCAGAUGACAUGCUAAAUCAAUACCAGCAAAUCAAUGACAGUGGGGCAUUAGUAUCUGCUAGAGGAGAUUUCAAGUUAGGCUUCUUCAGUACAAGCAAUUCGAGGAGCCGAUACUUGGGGAUAUGGUAUAACAAUCUCCCAGUUCAAACCAUUGUUUGGGUGGCGAACAGAGACAGACCGCUUAAUGAUUCAUCGGGUGGUCUAAAGAUUGGGGAUGAUGGAAAUCUGAUCCUUCUUGACAGUGGAGGAAUAGUUGCGUGGUCUACCGGUAUCCGGAAUAUAUCGUCAAAGCCUACUGUUGCACAACUCUUAGACUCUGGAAAUCUUGUUUUGAAAAGUGAAAAUGGUGGGAACACAGAAAGUUAUAUUUGGCAAAGCUUUGAUCAUCCUUCAGAUACACAGAUAGCUGGUAUGAAGCUGGGAUGGGACUUGAGGGUUGGUUUGGACCGGUAUUUGACAUCGUGGAAGAGCGCAGAUGACCCUUCUCCCGGAGAUAUCUCUUAUCGGUUUGAUCUUGAUGGUCUUCCUCAAGGUGUUAUACGUAAAGGAGGAAGUGUAUUUCGAGUUUGA